CCUCUGAAUCGUUGCGAAAAAUAAUCGUUGAAGCGUACUGUCCGUGACUGCGUUGACUAUUUUAUUCGCAAAUCCCGAUACUUUUAAUAGUUUUACUGUUAUUUCUUAAUCAUAACUAAUACGCAAUCGUUAGUUAAAUAAAUGGCAGACAAAAAAGUGACGCCUCCGCUGGGCGCCUACCCGCAGCCGCAGCCGCCGCAGGGGCCCUUCCUGCCGGCGCCGCCGCAGCACGCCGCUCCACAAUAUGGAGUGGCGGGAGGGUCUCCGUACGGCGUGACGUUCGGCGGCGCGGGCGCGGGCGCGGGGGGCGCCGUGUACGCGCCGCCGCCGUAUGACCAGCUGCAGCACCACCAGAUACCAGCUCUGACGCAGCAGCUACCGCAAAUGUAUAGCCCAGCAGCGGCGAUGUACGCUGCGGCGGCCGGCUACCCGGGCUACAUCGGCUACCCGGUGCAAUACUACCCGUACUACCCGAUGCAGCCGUCUAUACAGCCUCUGCGCCCCACCAUCAUGAUCCCGCAGAACGGUUUCGAGGCCGGCGGCAGGUUCGAGGGACUCGCGCAGACCCUCCUGCCCCCCGCGCCGCCCAACGUGCCCCCUUCCCCCGCCCACCUCGCCGCGCUGCAGCCGCACCAAGUGCUGUGGCGUUAGUUUCCUCACAGCAGUCGACCAGUGAAAUAUCAACAAAUAGCUCCUUCUCACUCGUAUACUGACACUCAUCAUCAUCAUCAGCUCAACAAGACGUAGAAAAAAACCUGGUAACUAUAGAGGACGCCAAAUCGAAUCUCAAUCAUUCGCCUUCUUACUAUAAAUUUGUGUCAAUUGGCGACGCGUCGAAUCGAAUUCUCCCUUCAUAAUAAAUGUAUGUAUAACUUGAUUCGAAGUGGACGCCAGCAAUAGAAGUCAAUUGAAGAUCUGAACGUUUAGCCAAAAUGCCUGCGCCGUAGCGGACGACUUCUUCCAAAGUAGUUUGACAAAAACUUGCUUGCUAUGGAGAUAAUAAGCAUCUUGGUUAGGCACCCGAAGCAGGCCUUCGGUUUACUCACUUCAAAUGCGGCCCAUAUAAGGCUUCUCUGGGUCUAAGUUUGAGCUAGGUGAUUUUAUUCGGGAAUAAAUAUUACUAUUUUUUUUUAAUAUGACUGACAAAUAUGUAAUCAGGAAUAUUAUUCAUCUUAAAAAAUAUUUUAACCUGGACUUUCGUCUUCGCAGUAAAAAAAAAAGUAGUAUAACAUUUUGAAUUCCUAGGAAAAUCAGUAUCAUUCGCUAGAAACUAGGAAAGUGUGUAUACGAGUGAUUUUCGUCGAAAUAGCAAUGAAAUGAGAUAUUUUCGUAAGCAGACCUUGAAGAUAUCAGUAAGAAUAAUUUUAAUGUAAAGUCAGCCGCUAAAAAAAACUAUAAUAGCAACGCGCAGGCACUGCGUUCAUGAGCUACGGAAACCGCUUACUAUCACGCGUGUUCUAUGCUUGUUUGUCAUUUUGUGGCGUUUUAACACUUUGAACCACGAACCCGCGUGGUGGGUACUGGUGAACUUUGCUCAAAUUCCAGACAACCCGCUAGGCGGGUUCUUGCCAAUUGCCAUACAAUCGGGCGGUUAUAAAUUACAACCGGUGACUGACGUAGUGCGCCAUUGGUAAUAAUGCCCUUUGCAAAAAAUAUUGUAAAAAUUGCUAUAUCGUCACUACUUUAAAAAAAAAAACUUGUAUCUUCGUUUGUCAAUGAAAAGAAAAUUGUAGUAAGUAUGUAUGGAAUGUAUAUAGACUUACUGCGUUUUAACUUUGAGGAACAGCGUGAGAUACGAGAUUUUUUAAAAGUAGUGACAAUAUGGUGGUUUUUAGCGGCUGUCUUUAUAUGUAUGUAACAAUAUUUAAAAAUAUAUUUAUAUAUUCGGAGUCGGUGGAUCAUCUGUGAAAUCUGUGACGUUUGGUGGCGGUUGACAUUUGACAAGAAAUGUCACGUUGACAGGAAUCUCAAGUUGACAGAAAUGAACUGUUUGGUAGAGACUGAACUUACGUUAUUAUAAUACAAAUAUCUUGAGUUUAAACUUGUUAAAUCGUUUGUUAAGUUGAGCGUCUAAAGAAAAAUGGAGGAAAAUCGGCUUUUAUCCGAAAUAUAUUUGACAAAAAAUUAAAUAAAAUUAGAUAAAAAAAUUACUCAAGAGUUUUUAUACUCGUAAACAAUGAAUUUGCUCUGAUUGGUCCAACCGAUGUUUUUACGUAUUUUAGACGCUCUCAUUAUACCGCUACAAAAAAAUAUAAAUUUACUUAUUUAUGGAAGUUUAAAUGUCAACCGUCAAUAAAGUGUUGAACAAAUUAAUCCGGUUAUGUAUUUGACUGUGAUGCCUUUCUCUACGCCAUAGUGUUUGCAACGUCAACGCACAUGUGACACGCUCAUAAAGUGGAACUAUAUGAAUUUAGAUUAAAUAAGCUAUUUAUGUUUGGUUAAAGUUAUUGCAAACGUCUAUAGACUAUGGAGUCCGCUUACAAGGCGGCCGGUAGCAUCGUCAUGACAGUAAGAAAUAUCGAUAUUAAGAUCCUAAUUUAAAAGGCCGGCCACGCACCUCUGACACUUCUUGUGUUUCGGGUGUCCAUGGACGGCUGUAAUCGCUUACCAUCAUUCGGUGUCUGUUCAUUUGCCUACUAUCCCAUAAAACGAAAAAUAAUGUUUAUUACAUUUCUUUUUUUUUAUUGAUUGAAGGAGGAAUUUGGGAAAAAAUCUUGUAAAAGAGAUAGAAUAUAGAAUGAUCUAUAAGUAUAGCGAACACUAUGGCAUAGUGGUAGUGUGCCGUUUGGCGAAUCUAGUAUUACUGCGACUAUAGUCAGGGCGCCGUCUGUGUCAACUUAUGUACAUACAUAUCACGCAUGUAUCCCAUAAAGGGGUAGGCAGAGCACAUGAAACUACUCAAGUUUCAUCGCAAUGGCGCUCGAAAGAAACCGAAAUUGUGACAUUGCAGAGAUAUAUUUUAAAAAGACUGAUAAUCUCGAGGUCACAGCUGUCAUAUAUACCAUAGAUCAAGCAAACGUAUCUACUUAGCGUGUCAAAUGAACUCAGUAAAAUCCACUGAGUUGUCCGCCUUUAAUCGCAACUUGCAGCUUUCGGGCGUCAAAUU